AUGUUGAGCCUCAGGUUCAUAGUCAGUGGUGGUACACAAAGACCAGCGCUUGGGAUGAAUUCAUGGGGAACCAUUUACAACAUGGUAUUCAUGUUUGGUUGGCCGCAUGCCAGUGGAUUUGAGGCAGUUCAAUUCUGCAAGCAGCACCUGGAAGCUGCGUGGGACAUUUUCCUUUAUUGUUUGUGUGGUGCAGUGGGGCAGAACUUCAUAUUUUUAACAAUAAGCCGGUUCGGCUCCCUCACGAACACCACCCGCAAGUUUGUCAGCAUAGUGGUGUCUUCACUGCUAAGUGGCAAUCCCCUCUCCGCAAAGCAAUGGGGCAGUGUUGCCAUGGUCUUCUUUGGGCUGUCUUUCCAGAUUUACCUCAAGUGGAGUAAAUUGCAGAGAUUUCAAAAGAAAAGAAAGUCGAUGUGAGAGUGGGGACCUUUUUUCCCUCUCUCUUUUUAUCCAAAUGACAAUGGUGUAACCGUAAGGUUUAAUAGUAACAUUAAUAUAUGUAUGAAU